AACGGUACACAACAUAAGAAAUGUAUACAAAGACAUCUAGUUACGACGGUUGCUCCUUGUGAGACUGUCGAUUUGAAGCAGUCUCGAUACGACAUUCGUUCCGAACGGACGAAGAUAUUAACAUCGGUUUAUUGUUUCUACGUUGUUAAAUUGGUCAUCGUAUACCGGACGACAAACGGUUUUAUGAAAUAAGUGCCCUCCGCUAAUUUAAAUAUAACACUACGUUCUAUCGUUCGAUUGAUCGUUUGUGAUAAUCAAAUUUUACGUUGGGGUGCUAUAAGAGGAAUCAACAACGUAAAACCAUUGCAUCGUUUGAUACGCUACAAGAGCGCAAUCGUUCAGGCACGAUGUCAGAUAGUUCCGAUAUCACAGGAGACGAGAAUAAAAUUCCGAGAGAAGAUCAGAAUGUACAGACGAAGCACGUUCUUUCUCAUUGUCGAACGGAAUGUAAUAUCAAAACGAUUACUUUUGUAUGGAGCAUUGCUAAUUUUUGGGACAUAUCCGACUUUAUUGAUACUUUAACAUCUGGUAACAUUGCAGAGCAGUCCUUUAAGCUUCAGAUGCACAUUGAUAGGAAAAUGAAUAAAUUAAACUUUUUUGCUAUUAACACAACUCCGUUAUUAAAAAUCGCGACUAAUAUUUACAAAUACGAUGUUUGUAUUCAAGGGGACACGGGAACAAUUAUGCUUACAGGUUGGAAAAUGUUUUCUUUAAAUACUGUCCUUUAUAGCAUGUGUCUCAAAAUACUUCGCCUAAAUACAUUGACUUACGUACCGAACAACGUGUUUACAAUACAGUUUAGGUUUGAAUUGUUUGAAAAUAUGUUAAAUAGUACUACGUUCGAAACUAUAGCAGAAAUUCAACCUUUUAAGCAUUUUGUCUUUGAUGACAAAUCCGAUCCACUUCUUACAUUUAUAAUAGACGAGAAAUCGAUUAAAGUAAAGAAAUCAUUACUAUGUGCUGAAGCGUCAGUCUUCUAUUAUAGGUACAGAGACAUAACGGAAGAAACAAAUCAGGAACUAGAGUUACGUGAUAUACCAUAUGAUACUUUCAAACAGAUAAUACACUUUUAUCAAACUGGUUUCAUCAGUUUAAAUCCAAAUGAUACUGAUUACAUAGCUAAAUUACGUCAUUUCCUCGAAGUAGCUAAUAAUUAUGACUUAAAAAGAUUUAAAAGAGCCUGUGAAAAAUGUUUAAUGGAAAAUACAAUGAAAGAAAACGCUGUGCUACAUUUAAAUGUUGCUAUUGCAAACAAUGCAAAACAUUUGGAAAAUUAUGCAAAAAAAUUAAUUAAAUUAUACUUGGAUGAUAUUAUGAACACUGAAGAUUUCUUAGACUUAAUUAGACUUAAACCUAUUAUAUUUCCUGAUAUUAUGAGACAGAAAUUAUUAGAAGAAAAUGUUACGUAUACAUGUAAUAGCAACAAUGAAGAUGUUUCGGAUAAAGAUAGUAGUAACAAUAUUUCGAUAAAUAAUCGCUCUUCAAGUAGUGAUGAUUGAGUUAAUUCAUAAUUAUAAAUGCGAUUCUUAUUUGUGAGAUUAACUAUUUUGUAUAAAUUUCAUAAUCUUAGAUCAAUAUUAAUCGAGUCGUAAAUAAUUUUCAAUCCCUGAUUGAAAGAAGAAAUAAAUGAAUAAAUCUGUAAUUAAUUAUGCUUUGAAAGAUUGAAAAUUAUUUACGACUAUGAAUACCGGCCUUAAUAUAAUAUUUCGUCAUUUUAUUGCGGUUAUAAAUUUAACUUAAUAAAUAUGUGUAUAUAUAAUUUAAUACUAAAUUAGCACAAUUAAAGAUUUUUUUAUGUAUGUGUGUGUUUUAGAAAUGUAAUGCGAUAUUUUAAAAAUGUAUGUGAUAUUUAGAAGAAAUUUUCUUAGUCUUAAUAAUCUUAAUAAUUUAGUAACUUUUGAGAGACUUUAUUAUAUAAUUUAAUGUGCUUAUUGUAAUUCUGUUAUAUGAGUGUCUUAUUGUGUUUAAUAAUAGAAUCUUUGUCUAGGUUGUAAAUGUAAAUAAUUUUUAUUUGAAAAAAAUCACUGAUACAAUAUUAAAUUACACACACUCCAAUUUACUAAAUAUGAUUGUAAUUACUUUAAUGCUUUCUUUGUUUCUUUCAAUAAAAAUUUGUUUAAUUUUAAGUUAAGUUCUAAGAAAAUAAUCGAAAAAAUUAUUAAAUGAUGCAAACGCUAAAAGAAAUAAAUAUAUUA